AUGGGAGCGGGCUCGAGUCAACCCGCGCAUCAGCAGCAUCGUCGGUCGCAGCCAGCCAGGCCGCCGCAGUACUACCCGCCCGUCCCCUACUCCGUCCCCGCAGGCGCCGUUCCGCAAGCCCCGUACGGCCAUGCGCCGUAUCCCUACGGAUACGCGUACCACCCGCAGGCCGGCGGCGGAGUGUCUCCCUCUUCGUGGCAGCACAACCCGCACUAUCCGCAUCCUCCGCCCGCCGCGCCGUGGUACGGCGGAUAUCCCGGGCACGCGCCACCGCCAUACCAGGUCCCGGUUCCGCCGAUGAUGCCGGUGCCGCCUCCGCUGGUGGUAGCGGAGCCGCAGCAAGCGGUGACGAUAAGGAACGAGGUGAACGUGAAGCGCAGCUCGCUGCGACUGCUGCGCGACCCCGCAGAUCCCAGCAAGCACCUUGUCGCCUUCACCUUCGAUGCCACCACCAGCGGCAGUGUGAGCGUGUUCUUCGCGGCGCAGGAGGGCGAGGGGUGCAGCCUCAGGGGGGUGUAUCCGCACGUGCACACGCCAAAGGUCGUGCGAUUCGCCAAGGGUCUCGGUCAGAAGUUCGUGCAGCCGUCAGGCACGGGCGUCGACCUCUCGGUUAUCCCAGAAGAGCAUCUCUUUAGGGUUUCAAGCCCCAGCCCCGUGUAUCCGCUCGUUAUUCGCACCCGCGUCGAGCCCAGAAGCUCGAAAUCCGCGACAGUAGCAUCGCCGAAUAGUAGCGCUAGCAGCGGUGUCAGUAACGUUCAGUCCAGCGCGCCCGCGAGCGCGUCGUCGUCAGAGCCGUGUUCUGUCGGCAGCCAUGGCGUAGAAUCGUGCGACUCGGAUCCAGGCGCUCCGCUGCCCCCGUCGGUGCAGUCUCAGAUGACCUACGCUGUGCUCGAGAAGGCCGCUGUAGCGCGUACGGAGAAAGAGGGUGAAGGGGAGACGGCGGAGGGCGAUAAGGGGAAGGGCACAGGGGAGCUGCCCGGGCUAUUCGUGGUGCGGCCGGUGAAGCAGAAGAUCUGGGUGGACGGCACCAGCUACGAGGUGCAGGAGAUCUACGGCAUCGAGCAGUGCGGGCGGGCCAACCCGGGCAGGAGCAAAAAGGGCGAGGCAGAGGGAGCGGGGGGUCAGGGGUCGGCAUUGAGCGACGAGGAGGAGGAGGAGGAGGACGAGGUGGCGGGCAAGGAGUGUGUGGUCUGCAUGUCCGCGCCCAGAGACACCACCGUGCUGCCCUGCCGCCACAUGUGCAUGUGUGCGGACUGUGCCAAGGUGCUGCGGUACCAGACCAACAAGUGCCCCAUCUGCCGCCAGCCCGUGCAAUCAUUGCUCGAAAUCCGAGUGCCGCCCAGGCUACCCUCGCUGGACGGGCCCGAGCCGACCUCCCCUGAGGCGCAGGGAGAAGCAGCGGCGGAGAGGCAGGAGCAUGCAGAGGCAUGUGCAGGGCCUCCACUGGCAGGGUCGGACGGCCAUGCCGAUCCUAGGUCUGCAGCGGCUCAUGCGGGCAGUGGUGCUGCUGAGGAAGGUGGUUCCCGGGGGCAUGGUGAGGCGAGCAGAGGUGUGGAUUCAGCGGCAGGGAGGAGCGCAGUCCUACCGUUCGCGCCGGGAGCAGCAGCGCAGGGCAGGCCAGAUGCCGUGGCGAAGCUACCCGGUCAGCCGGCAAGCGCGCCCAAGUUCAACCAGUCAGCCGGCUAUAUAACGGUGGACGGGCGGAAGGCGUACUUCUACUGGCUCGUGGAGGCCAUCGGGCAGCCCGACUCGAAGCCGCUGCUGCUCUGGCUCAACGGCGGUCCGGGGUGUUCAUCCGUGGGGUGCGGGCUGUUCGAGGAGGUGGGGCCGUGGCGCGUGGCGUCCAAGGCGGGCGCCGCGCUGCUCUACAACAAAUACGCCUGGAACCGACUGGUGAACAUAGUAUUCCUCGAGUCGCCCGUGGGCGUGGGAUACUCCUAUUCCAAUGACACGUCAGACUACACCACCGACGACGAACAGACAGCGAAGGACAACCACGCGUUCCUGGUGGGGUUCGUGGCGCGGCACCCGCGGUACGCGGGGAGAGAGUUCUACAUCGCAGGGGAGAGCUACGCGGGCCACUACAUUCCGCAGCUCGCCGCCCGCAUCAUCGAGCAGAAUCAGAUCCAGGGCGGCACGCGGCUGAACUUGGACUUCUCGGGGAUUUUCCUGGGCAACCCGUUUGUGAACUAUGCUCAUGACACCAAGUGCGACUUCACAUACGGCGCCCCCAACCUGGAGUGCCGCUACCACAUCAACUCCGCCUUCUCGCCCUGGUACGAGCCCAUCGACCCCUAUAACAUCUACGCGCCCUACUGCCUGGCGGACUUCUCAUCGGCGCGCCUGUCCGCCUCGGCACGAAUGAACCCGCGCCUGCGCUACUCCAUCGCCGCGCUGCAGGCCGCCAUCCAGCACCAGCAGCAGGCAGCGCAAGCACAGGCGGCCGCAGGGGUCGGGGAGUUGGCGGCGCCGAGCGGUGCGGGGAGCAGUGGCAAGGCGAUGGAUCCGCUGGACAGCCCGGCGUGCAUGGACGCGUGGGUGCAGCGCUACCUGCGCUCGCCCGCCGUCUACAGGACCCUCCGUGCGCCCGCUGUCCGCGCCUCCCAGUGGAGCCUCUGCUCCAACGGCAUAGACUACAGCACGACCAACCAGGGCAGCGACAUCAUCCCCACCAUCGCGGCGCUGCUGGACCAGCCCAUCCGCUUCUGGAUCUUCGCGGGUGAUGCGGACAGUGUGGUACCCUUCACGGGCACGCGCGUGUGGAUAGAGGCGCUGGGGCUGCCAGUGCUGCAGCCGCACUACCCCUGGCUCAUGCCCUCGGGCCAGGUGGGCGGGUGGGCGACGAGGUACGACAAGCUGACAUGGGUGACGGUGAGGGGGGCGGGCCACCAGGUGCCAACAGGCAAGCCCGAGGAGGCGUUUGUGCUCUUCCAGUCCUUCCUCCUCGCGCAGGACCCCCCCAGCACUGCUCAGUGGUGA